AGUAGGAGCUCUGCACACUGAAAUGAUGAAGGCUUUUCACUGGAUCCUCCUGUACUGCACUGCACCGCUGCUGUCUGAUGUACAGGCCACAUACCACCUCAUGGCAGGGGAUCCCGAGCUGAUGGCUGCUCAGAGUUACGCUCAAACCAGAAAUAACGGGCGCCCACUGCUCAGGACCCUGAAUCCAGCAAUUCACAGAAGUGACUACACGUAUAGAGGAAGGUAUCACUACCACUACCAGCCACCAAGGAUCCCUCCACCGGUAGUGUAUCACCCCAUUCCUCUAUCUCCACCAGUGACUUACCACAGACCCCCAGUCCCCAUAUCCCCUUUUCACCACACAUUCAAAGGCCCAGGUGUGCCACAUAUGCAUCACAUACACAAAGCUCUCUCACCACCACUGGUUCGUCAUCCCCAACAUGGGAUCAAAGACCCGUUCCCUUACAAAAUGAAAGGUCUCUGCCCCUCACCUGUGGUACGCCCUCCAACUCAACCAGAACCGACAAUUCUACCAACCCUGCCAGCGAGUACAGUGGCACCGGUGACCGCCGUGCCGCCAGGGAAGACCACCGCUCCUGUGACGCUACCGGUCAGUACCCAAAGCGGCUUCAUCACCACCGUCAGUCCUGUGCCGACAGAGACAGACUCUCAGUGCAGAAGCCGUUCCCUGGACCUGGUCUUCAUCAUUGACAGUUCUCGCAGCGUGCGUCGAGGAGAGUUUGAGAAGGUUAAAAUCUUUCUGGCCAACAUGGUCGACACCCUCGAAGUGGGCUCAGAUACCACCAGGGUGGCUGUGGUCAACUACGCCAGCACGGUCAAGACAGAGUUCCUGCUCAAAGACUAUUUUAGCAAACUAGACUUGAAGAAAGCCAUCUCCCGCAUUGAGCCCUUGGCGACUGGCACCAUGACCGGCCUCGCCAUCAAAACUGCAGUGAAUGAAGCUUUCACCGAGCAGUCUGGAGCCCGGCCUCGUUCUAGGAAUAUCUCCAAGGUGGCCAUCAUUGUGACAGAUGGGAGACCUCAAGACCAGGUGGAAGAAGUGUCUGCUUCAGCCCGGGGAAAGGGUAUCGAGAUCUACGCUGUCGGGGUGGACCGUGCGGACAUGCGAUCCCUGCAGCUGAUGGCCAGCACCCCUCUGGAGGACCACGUCUUCUACGUGGAAACCUACGGCGUCAUCGAGAAGCUCACGUCCAAGUUCAGAGAGACCCUGUGCGGUGUGGACCCCUGCUCCAUGGGACACGACUGCAAACACAUUUGUGUCAACAGCAACGCCUCGUAUUACUGCAAGUGCCGGAAAGGUUAUAUCUUGAAUGCGGACAAGAAAACAUGUUCCCUGAAACAGGUGAAGGUCGAGGUGGUGGAGGAUCCCUGCAAAUGCGAGGCUAGACUGGCUUUCCAGAAGCAGACGCAGGCAGCCAUCCAACAGCUCACAGCCAAGCUUGCUGACGUGACUGGGAGAAUAGAGCGUCUUGAGAACACGGUGGGCCGUGCCUGAAGCUUUGCACAGCCAGAUGACUUUUGUUGCUCCCACAGACUACUGCAUCAUGGGGAGGAACUUCCUGUGAUCCACUCUAACUUCAACCACAGACUGAGAGAAGCGAUGACUCACAAAUCAACCCCCCAGGUUACUGAAUGCUAAGCAACAAUGUCUACAAAUAAACUUUAUUUUAACUUUUUAUUGAUGAUUUUUUCCCCCAAAUCUACUGUAAAUGUUACUUAAACUAAACCCCCAGGAGCUUAUUAAAAUGUAUAGUAAUCUAACAUUUCUUUAGUCUUUUUUUUCUAUUUUGUAUAAAUGAAUAUUGUAUAUAUUAGCCUCAUGCCGUAUUACAUGCCUUAAUAAAUAUGUAACUUGAAUUCAGCUUUUUCCAUUUAUCGGGUGGUGACACAAACAUGUAUCAUACCAUAUAUAUAAUAAAAAAUGCCAUUAAAAUUUAAUCUAAUCUCAUAUUUGCAUAUUUGUUGUUGUAUUAUUUUUGAAAUAAGAUUACAUGGUACACUCUAUAAAAUAUAUAUUUAAAAAAAUACAAUUACUAUCUAAAGAUGUAAUAGCGUUAUAGUAAAUUCUUUAAGUAGUAAAAUUCUAGCUGAUUGACUGAAA